AUGGAUAACAUAUUCACAAACCCUUUUAGUGAUAUGUAUGGUUUCACUGUAAGCUCAGGAGGAUCAGGAAAUCCAGAAAAUGAUGAUUCUACAUCAAACAAUACCAACACAAAUCAAAUCAAAGAGAAAAGGAAGGAAGCAUGGGAAUCAGAAAGCGCGUUUGGAACUUUUAAUCGUCCUCCAAAGUUAAUGGCUAUUGAAGAUUAUACAAGAUGGGCAAUAAAAUUUGAAGAAUGGCUGAUGGCGUUUGCUUUCCCCAGCUGGAAAAGCAUGAAAAGUGGGUAUGCUGCGGGUAAAAACAAUGGUGAAGUAUUGAGAAGUAAUGAAGAGAUUGAUCUAUUCGUUGCUGAACAGAAAUGUGUAGCACUACUAUUUCAAUCUGUCAGGGAAGAUAUUAUUUCACUAAUCAGCUACACCAACGCCAAAGAUUUGUGGGAUAAACUGGGAAAGAAAUGUCUGGGAAGUAAAGAAAUCUUAAAGAACAAAACUAAACUACUAAAAAAGGAGUUUGAUAUGUUCAGUUGUUUCAAAAAUGAGUCUGUCUGCAAAAUGAUCGAACGUUUUGGUCAUCUUAAAUUGGAACUUGCACGUCAUGAUAUCAAAUAUCCUGAUGAGGAGAUAGUUGAUAAACUGUUCGAUUCUUUACCAGAUGAAAUGGAUUGGAGGUACUAUGCUUUGAUGUUGAAAAACACCAUUCCGCCAGAAGAACUAAAACCAGAUGUAGUGAUUGAACGACUGGAAAGCCAUGAGCUAGAAUUGAAGAAAACAUACAAAGUCAAUCAUUCAUAUCAACAAAAUCCAGAACUAUACUAUCCCAAAAGUUUGAUGCCCAAAGCCUCAUCACUGAAAACUGCAUUUUCUGCCGAAAACAUAUCUCCAGCUCCUAAAGAAAAUCAAAGCAAUUCAAACAAAGAAAGUCACAGUGGAUAUCAUAGUGGGUCUACUUCUAUUCCUACUGCCUCGACAAAUCGUUCUGAUUCAAAGUUCUCAUGUAAUAUUGCUGUUGAUCUGAAGAAUGCACAAAACUUUGAUGAAGAAUCUGUAAAGCAACAGAUGGUGUUUCUAGCAUCUGUGCUAGAAUCAUAUGAGGGGCUGAUUGCUGGAAAGAUUGGGAAUACUAAUCUGACCAAAGAAGACUAUGAUCAGAUAGAUCCCGAAGAGAUGGAGUUAAUUGAUAUCCAAUGGGCAAUGGCGAGUGCAAAAGGCCACUUCAAACGAGAAUGCAGAAAUGCAUAUGUUGAAGAAUCUGAGAAUCCAUUCAAGGAUGACUACUACAAGAAAGCUAUCUAUCAUCAGAAUAAGUCCGAACCGCCAAGAAUAAAGCAAUCUGAAGACAACAAAGGAAAAUCUAGAGCUUUGGCAGUGAUUUACGAUGAUGAAGGAUAUGAUUGGAGUAAGGAAGUGUUACCUGAAGAUGAUGCUGUUGGUUAUGCUUUUAUGGCAAGUCAUAAUGAACCAAUUCAAUGGAAGGAUAAUCGUACAGAACAACAAAAGUACGAAUAUCGAAAAAUGGUUGCUGAAGCAAAGAUCAUUCGACUCUCAGGUGUUUAUGAGGAAGCAACACGUGCAAACCGAUGGGAUCCAGAUAGAGAGUGUUAUUUGGAUGAAUAUGGUAACAUUGCUGUCGACUACAAGAAGAUAGACAUUGAAGCCAUUAUCCAAGAAUACAAAGAAGAGGAUGAGUACUGGCAACACAAAUGGUGGGGUACACCAACAUCGAAAAUGAUCGAGGAAGAAAGAGAGAAAGAAAGAAGAGAAAAGGAGAAGAUAGAAGAACCUGUGAAAAUUGACACCGGGAUGAUCAACACUGCACAGGAGAUGACAGCUGAAAACUUGAGAGAAAUGGCUGAUAAAGUGCUUGCUGUCAAAGCACUUGAGGUAGACUCUACUCCUAAUUCUGAGUCAAAGAAACAGGUCAGUCAAACUAAGUCAUCAACUGUGUCAGGUAACAAAAACAAUUGCAAUGCUGAUUGCAAAAGUUGUAACAAACAAUGCAACUUUUGUACAACUGUCACAUACCUCAAUGGGGAGAAAAUCAAGAAUCUGACCAAUAAUGUUAGAAAACUUGAAAGUCAAAUUCUUGAUUGUGACAAAGAGUCAAAAGAAUCAGCUGAUCAAAUAAAAGAAUUGAAAACUGAAAACCUGAAAAUUAAAGCUGAUCAUGACAAAAUUCUUCUUGAAAGCAGAAAUGUUGUUGAAAAAUUUGAAAAAUUGAAAAAUAUCGUUAAAGAGAGUGAUGAUAGAAAUGGAAAAACAAGUAAGGAAAACGAGCAUUUAAGAGCUGUUUUGAUAAUAAAAGAGGAAACAAUCAACAAACAACUGGAUGAGAUAGCAAAAUUAAAACUGAAGGUUCAAGAAAUGGUUGAUGGAAUUGUUAGCGUUGAUACAGAAACCACUGUGGAUGAUGAUGAUAAACUAUCUGCAAUGGGACGAGGAAAUGACACUAACAAAGGACACAAUGUUCCAUCGGCAAUUGAUGAGGUUUCUACAAAAGGAACAGAAGCAGAAAAAAUGGCUGAGUGCUUAAGAAAAAGCAGAAUUGCUAAGGCAUUGUCUGAUACAACAAUAGUUUAUGAAUCUCAUGUUAGAAGAUUUUGGGACACUGCAAGGUUUGAAGAAAAGGAUAAUAAAAUUCAUGCAGUAGUCAAGAAGAAAGAUAAAAACAACAAGGAUAUUGAUGUUGAAGUAGUGAUUGGAGUAGAGGAUAUAAGAAGGGUUCUUGAUUUACAAGAUUCUGACAAUGAUCCAACGAUCAUGUCAGAACGUCUUGCUAAAGGGCUAUGGUGUAGAUUGGGUUUUUCUUCACACAUCAAUGGAAAAAUGUUCAAAAGGAGUUUCUCGAAACAAUACAGAUACUUAAUGCAUUGCUUAGUGCAUUCCCUAUCUCACAGAAAGGGAGCCUAUGAUGAGGUGUCUGACUACAUAAUGAACAUUGUUGUAAGUAUUGUGCUGAACAGGAAAUACAACAUUUCACAAGUGAUUUUUGAAUUUUUAAAAGAAAAUUGCUUAGCCGGGAAAGACAAAUACAUUAUGUACCCAAGAUUCAUUAUGAUGAUCUUGGAUGACAAAGUUAAGGAUUUGCCAAAGAAUAAUGAUGAUAUUAUGGCAAUGGCUGAAGUGAAUAAGACUGCUAUUCAAAGAAUCACAAAGGGGAAGGAUGAUAAAACAAAAGAGUUGAUCUGUGCAUUAAAGGAUGAAGCAUAUGUAGCUCCUGAAAAUGAUAAAUGGAGACAUGAUAAUAGUGAUUCAGACAAUGAAGACAAUAAGAUGAGUGAAAUGAUUGAAAAGAAAACCAGAUGGUGGUGUAUCAGAGAUGGAAAGAGAAAGAGAACACCAAAGUCGACCCCUGUGGUUGUAAUUAAAGAAACAGCAAAGGGGUCUUCUGAAGAACCUCAAAGGAAGCUAAUUGAUGAACCUGUCAUAGAACCAAGGGAAGUGGUUGAUGAAGGUGUUGGUUUGAAAGAGACUUUGGAAAACUAUUUUAAAAAGCAUGAAGAGGCUGAACAAACAGAAGCUCAAAAGAACUCCAGUAAUGAAGAUUCAGAAGAAACUUUAUCUGAAUCUGAACUGGUCAAAGAGACAGUGGGAAAAGGAAAGGUACAACUGAAGAAAAGACCUUUAAAGAAAAGAAAGAAUUCUGAAGAUGAAGAUUCACCGUACAAUCCUGAGGUUUCCCAGAAAAACAGAAAGAAGAGAAAAGCUACUCGCAGCAGUGAUAUUCCAAGAGUGGUUAGAGCAAAGAAACAAAAUGCUAUAUCACAAACAGAGAAGGAAGGGAAGAAGAAACAGGACUCUGCUGAAACUAGUCCUGUGGUUGAAAUACCAAAAGAAGUUCUUUUAACAGAAAUCCCAAUAGAAACACAUGAUGAUUAUGUGGAGAUCACCGGAGCCAAAUCUGCUAAACAAACAUCUGAUCGUCAUGAUAUUCCAGAAUCAUCACAACGAAAGACAGAUUAUUUCAACUUAGAUUUUGAUAGUCUUGGUGGUGCUACUGGAGAUUUCUUUCAAGAUAUGCCAGAGAGUGAAGCAGAUCUAUUUCAUGAUAAAAAGAUGAAAGAAUUGGAAGAAAAGGUUAAAGCCUUGGAAAAAGAAAAGGAAGAAAACGAAGCUGUGCAAGUAAAGUUGAAAGAAAUGAUUGAUGAGUUGGAGAAACGGCAUGAAGAUGUAAUGGAUGCAGUGCUUACAAAAGAUGAGAAAUUGAAUGAAAUGAAAGAAGAUAUAAAAGAUCAUGCAGAACUUAUUAGCGUACUUACUGAUGAAAUUGCUGUAUUGAACGCCAAAGUCAAAGACUUGCAGAAUACCAAUCAGACUUUGAAUCAACUCUUAAAUGAGAUGAAUGAAGCUUCGUCAAAUGAAAUGAAUGCAAUGAAGCUAGAGAUGGAAGCUAUGAGAGCAGAUAAGGUGAUGAAAGAUAAGCAACUGGAAAUGCUUACGGCUGUGAUUGAAGCACAUCUGAAGGUGAACAUCCACGAAGCUUUUGAUCAAGUUGACAUUAUCAAGGCAAAUGAAAGAAGGAAAGAAAGAGAAAGACAGCUUGCUGAAGAAGCUAACCUGAAAAAUAAAGGCAUAGCAGAAGAAGUUGAAGUUGUAGGUGGAUCAUCUUCUCAACCAGAAAUUGAAAUGGUGGAUGCUCAAGAUGUUACAGCAAAUGAUGAAGAAAUGAUGGAAGCAGAAAAUGUAGCAGUUCAUGAACCAGAGUUUAUUAUGGUUGGUGAGUCUGUAGAGCCUAUUAUUCCGGAGAAUGUUUUGAGAGACGUUCAAAUCAUACAAAGAAAGAAAAAGGCUAAAGAAGUAUUACUACUGGAGUACUCUACUGACAAGUUUGUGUUAGUCGGAAAUGCCUAUAGAGUGCCCUAUAGUGAAGAAGAAUCUGCCAAGCUGUUAAGAUUUCAUGAAUUAAAGUAUCAAGGGAAGAUAGCCAGAGGAGAAGUGGAAGAAGAAUCUGAUAGUGAUUUUUGGGAAGAAGAAGAUGAAGAUGAUGAUAAAGAUGAUAAAGCAGACGAUAAAUCCGAUGAUGAUGAUGAGCCUGAUGAUGAUGAUGAUGAUCAAGGCACAUCGGGUUUGCUAAUCAAUGAUCCAUCUGUUCAAGAUAAAGUAAAUGAUCUCAUGAAUGAUGAAGUGAAUGAACAGAAUGAUGAUGCAGAGUGUGAAGGGUCAUCUUCUGGAAACCAAUCUGGUAAUCAGGUACAUCAACUCACAUCUACUUUUAUUUCUCUUUCUGAACAUCAUCAAGGAGAAGUAGAUAUUAUCAGAACAAGAGCUGAAAUGCUUGAGGAGUUGGGGUUAGAAGAUGGGAAGUUUAAAUUUGAUAUCGAAGAUGAAAUCCCAGAGUCUCCGAUCAAAAACUUUGAACCACAAUUUCCACUUGAAGCAGAAUUUUAUGAUAAUGUGACUAUAGAGACUGAUUCAGAUUCGGAAGAAGAAAGAAUAGAUUUUCACUAUGAAGGUGAAGACAUGGCAUUCCCUACAUUCACAGAAUUAUUUGAAGACAUGAAUGCAGAAUUAUUGAAAAGAAAAAUUGAAGAAAGAGUUGCAUCUGCUGAUAUGCCUGAACCAGUUCCAAGAGAGAUUUCUACUGAAGAGAGAAAGAAAUGGUUCAGAUCAAUGCCAAAGGAAAGAAAGCCUCUUAGAGCCCUACAGUAUUUUACUCAUGAUAAAGACUUAUCUUGGGGUGAUAUUCUUUCUUGGGGGUAUCUGGAAGACUUGAAUGUUUAUGCAAUUCGAAGAGAGCAAGGUGUUCAAUACUUCAGGUGCAUUUCUGAUCUUGCUACCUUACCUUGGUGGGACGUAGAUGAAUUGGUGGUUACAAAGAAUAUUAAACAACACUACUACGGUCCUGAAGUAAAACAGAGAGAUCAGAAGCUGUGGAAUUACAUCAAGUAUCAAGCAACGAUCAAUUAUCCAGAUUGGAAACCACAGUUUCCUAAAAGAAUUGUGAAGUAUACAGCUAAAGGUGAGAAGGACGUUACUCUUGAUGUCAAACCGCCAAAGUGUUUGAAGAGCAUGCCUUUAAGGGCUAUUGAGCAGGAUUUCUAUGAUUUAUUUCAAGCAUUGCUCUAUAAUCCUUCUACUGCUGAAGCUGUGAUCUCUUUGUACGAUAAAGACACUGGUGAAGCUAGGAAGAUUUGUAUUCUAGACCCGAUGUGGCUGGUAAAUUGCUCAAAGAAAGACAUAGAUUGCUUGUUUGUCAACAAGAUAAUCUAUGACAAGAAAGACAAAGUCAUUGCUCAACAGUACCAGAGUGUAGUUGAUGUCUGUUUUGCUAAAGAAAUCAACUCUGGUAAGAACUGGAAAACUUCAUGGAGAGAUCUAGAGGUUGAUGAGUUUCUGAAGGUGUAUAAGAGAAGUUUAAGAUCCAAGGAAAUUCAGAGAAAAGCUGCUGAAAGAGGAAGACGAAAUUUCGGAUUUGUACCUCCUACUGAUCAGACACCCAUAGAGUCUGAAGAGAACAAGAUCCCUAAGUGGGACAGAAAAAGAGAUGGAGAUCCAGUGUACAGAAAUUGGUGGAUAACGGAGGGAAGACAUAAGAGAAGACAAAUGUUAGCUGAACGAGAAGAAAAGAGAAAACAAAAGGCACGAGAUAGAAGACGCAACAGGAGACUGUUGAACAUGGAAAUCAUAUGUCUUUCUGUAUCUGUAUAUGAUUUGUUGGAUUCCGCACAGCAAUCAUAG